GUGCUUUGUUGUAUCUUCGUUUCCAGCUCUUCUUCUUUCUCUCCAGGAACCAUGGUUGCAGAUGGUAUUCCGGGAGAGAGGAAGACGAUGGAGCCUGCGGAGAUCGCCCAAUUCGCUCGCAAUCUCUCGGUCAUGGUCCGCGUCCAAGGCCCUGAUCCCAAAGGGUUGAAGAUGAGGCGCAGGGCCUUUCACCUUCACCAGUACGAAUGGUCUGGAAGAACAACUCUUUCUGCUUCUGGGAUUCUACUACCGCCGGGUUCACUGGAUGAAACUCCUCCUAUCAUUGACCAUGUCUGUGAGAUUCACAAGCAUGCUGGAGCAGUGAUAGUCACUUGUGCUUCAGUUAUUGAGCCUUUUCUGAUAACUGAGCAGAGGAAUGAUCCUCGCCAGCUGUUCUCGCCCAAAUUGAUUCAUGAUGCUCACAUUGAUGUUCUUUUUGAGGGAGGUGAGAAAGGCGGAGAUGGAGUUGCUGGUCCUUGUUGGGUUCCAGUGAAGUUAUUGGCAGUGGUUGAUGUUCCAGCAUCUUCCGCUGCUCUUAGGUCAUUAAUUGGAGCUCAAAGUGGUUCACUUGGUAAUCCUUCAUGGGAGGUGGGCUGGUCCUUGGCUCCUGUAAUAGAUGACCUCAAUUCUGAGGCUUCUAAAAGACAGGUGGGAAAUGAUAUUGGCUUUACCUUUGAGUCCCGCAGGAACUUUGCAUCUGAAGAUUCGAGUAAUUCCACUCAUAUGGCGCAACCAGCCAUGCGUAUUGCUUUCCUUGGAGUUUCAAGUUUAGAUGUUAAGGUUAUGCUAAAUGUAGAAGUAUCACAACCUCAAAAGAAUGGAGAUCUUCUUCUAGUAAUUGGUUCUCCUUUUGGAAUCCUGUCACCUUUUCAUUUUUUUAACAGUGUAUCUGUGGGCGCUGUUGCAAACUGCUGCUCUCAAGAUUCUCAUCAUUGCUCCUUGAUGAUGGCUGAUGUCCGAUGCCUUCCUGGGAUGGAAGGCGGUCCUGUCUUUGACAAGCAUGGCUGUCUUACUGGAAUCUUGAUGAGGCCUUUAAAACAAAAGGGUGGAAAUGCCGAAAUCCAGCUUGUUGUCACGUGGGAUGCCAUUGCAACUGUAUGGGGUGAAAGACCACAUAAGGAAUUUCAGAGGCCCAAUAGAAAUCUAAUAUACAAGGACAUGGGUAGUGUAUCUAGCAGUCCUGGAUCUCCUUCAAUGUCUCAGUUGUCACUGGAGAAGGCAUUGCCAUCCAUUGUUCUGGUGACAGUGGAUGGUGGAGCUUGGGCGUCUGGGGUGCUACUCAAUGAUCAAGGCCUCAUACUUACAAAUGCUCAUCUCUUGGAACCUUGGAGGUUUGACAAAACAUCCCUACUAGGUCAGAACAAAACUACUACAUCUUCCACAGAAUGCAAAAUAAAUCCUUUCAAGCUAGAAGGAAAUCACAGUCAAUGGAGAAAUAUGCUUCCAUCACAGUUAGAGAAUUCAAAUGCUAUGGUGGAUGAUGAGCGGACCGCAUCUUUAUUAAAUUUAAGCCGCAAAAGCUAUAAUAUAGCAGUUAGAUUAGAUGAUAAGAAGUGCCAAAUCUGGAGUAGUGCGAGAGUGGUCUAUGUUUCAAGGGGUCCUUUCGAUGUUGCCUUGUUGCAACUUGAAUCUCUUCCCUUUCAAUUAAGGGCUAUCACACCAGAGUUUGCACACCCAACUGCAGGCAUAAAUGUCCGUGUUAUAGGGCAUGGCCUUUUUGGGCCCCGAUCAGUUCUUGGUCCAUCUGUCUCCUCUGGAGUGCUAGCGAAUGUUGUUCGAUUACCUGCACCUCUCCACAAAUCUAAUUCAACCUCAGCGGAGAACAAGGAAAAUCUCGUACCAGUGAUGCUUCAAACAACAGCAGCUGUUCAUCCAGGAGCAAGUGGUGGUGCAGUGGUGAACUCAGAUGGACGUAUGAUUGGACUUGUAACGAGUAAUGCAAAGCAUGGUGGAGGAGCUAUCAUCCCAAAUAUGAAUUUCAGCAUAUCUAGUGCAGCUCUUAAACCUAUUUUUGAGUUUGCAGAAAAGCAGGAUAUGUCGAUUCUACAUGUCCUGGACAAACCUAAUGAACUGCUUACUGCAGUAUGGGCAUUGACACCUCCAUCGACUACAAGGCAACAGCCAUUCAUAGACAACAAGGAAGGAAGAGGCUCUCAGUUUGCCAGAUUUCUUUCUGAGAGACAAACCGACUUCGGCUCUCUCAAAAUAGGAGACAAUGUCAUAGAGAAGCCUAGUGAUUUAUUUCGCCGGAGUAAGAUGUGAAUGGCGUCAUGAGAGAACUUGUGACCAAAUAAACGUUGUUUGGCGAAAUCUUCGCUAAAUCUUAUGUAGGGUUUUAAUUAUAACACUCAACAAUUUCUUGUGUAGAAGAUGAUUGCCAUGCUUGGUGUUCGACAUCAAUUGUUGUAUUAUGACCACAGAUUAGUUUUAUAAGAUUAAAAUAGGUUACGCAUUACUGAACUUUGAGA